CUGUACAUGUACUAAUGCAGGUAAAGAAGUCUGGAAAUCACAUUAUGCUUCUACUUUCAAAUGAAGAAACGGACCGCCAUUAUACAAGCCAGAAGAUGGUGCUGAGCAAAGAGAACGCCAACCUAAAACUCCUUCCUCUUAAACCAAAACUUAUUGAGCUUCAGAAAGGAAAAAAUGGUUAUGGCUUUUAUCUACGGAUGGAACAAAACACUGGUGAUCAUGUAAUCAAAGAUGUUGAUUCCAAGAGCCCAGCAGCCAAGGCAGGUCUCAAAAAUGAUGAUAUCCUGGUAGCUGUCAAUGGUGAGCGAGUGGAUGCACUGGAUCAUGAAAGUGUAGUGGGAAAGAUUAAGCAGUCUGAGGAAAAAACCACAUUGUUGGUAGUGGAUAAGGAGACUGACGCCAUGUAUAAACUGGCUCAAAUUUCCCCCUAUUCGUAUUACUACAAAGUACAAAACCCAGCUCCAGUAAAAGCAGAGGAAAGAGUGGAGUUGCACACUGAGCAGAAAGUGAACCAUAAGCCAAGAGUCUGCAAGAUGGUAAAAGGGCCGAGUGGAUUUGGCUUCAAUUUAAACAUGGUCAAGAACAAACCUGGACUAUUUAUUAAUGAGGUACAGAGACACGGACCAGCUGACGUAGCAGGGGUAGAAAAUAAUGAUGUUUUGGUGGAAGUGAAUGGGGUGAAUGUGAUAAAUGAGCCCUAUGACAACGUCGUGGCAAGAAUCAAAGAGAGUGGUGAUACAGUAACGCUACUGGUGUGCAGUAAAGAUGCUUACAAAUACUUUCAGGAGCAGAACAUUCCCAUCACAGAUGCUAUGGCAGAUCCAGCCCAAGACACUUCUGAACCUCCUGCUUAUACAGAAACCUCAGCAGCAGAGUCAGAGAGAACCUCACCUGAACCAAGAGAAAGGGCAAGCUCAUCUUCCUCUUCACAAUCAGCUGCCUCAGCGGGAGCAGACAGUGACAGCAGCGAUGACACAAGGUUCUGAGGAGACUGACUAUGCCGAGAACAAAAAAGAAAUCUUCCAAAUUCUCUUUCUUCAAUCGCACUUUGCUACUGCAACUUCAGGACUUGACUAUCCAUACGAGUACCAGACCUGUUAGGGACCGUGAUGUCUUGCUAAAAUGCCACUGCCUGAAAUAAGCACUUCAGUGUAUCCUGCAGUCCCUUAACAAGCUGCAAUUGUACUUCAUUCACUGUACAAGGCUUUCUGUCUUGUAAAGUGGGGAGUGAGCCACUUACUACUGUAAAGGCUUUAAUAAUUAGAGGUACAUAGUUAAGCAUACUGCAGCACAGGGAGGAAACAGUUCAUAAAUUCCUAAGUAUCUGAGCCUUUUAAGGAUGAGCAUUUAAUAAAGACCAACUGAUUUCUCACCAUCUCCCAGGAGAGGCAGUUCUAAUCCAAGCCCAUUAACACAAUCCUGGAGGUGACAAUCUGUGCUGUAUUUAUGGCAGUGCAAUCGCUAUGAAAUGUCAUAAACUAAUAUAUUCUGUGCAAUACACUCCUUUCUUCCGCUAACAGUGCAGAAAUUUCUUUCAAACAUUAAGUUAACCUCAUAAUUCAGAACUCAAAACCUAAAACAUUCAAGCACUGUUCUCUCUCCUCUGCCUAAAUUUGCAGAUCAUAGUGGUUAGAAGUGUAAUUCAGUCGUGCCGGUUUGCCUAAUUUCAAGUCAACACCACAUUGUCUUGGAUGUUAUAUAAAUGGCUCUGCAAUAUUGCUAUUGUAUGCUCUGUCUCCUUCCUGUACACCAAAGACAAUACAGAAUUAAAUUGUU